GCAUGAUAUGAUUCCCUUAUUGUAAAAGCGGGCGGAUAUGUUUUAUUAAAAUAUUUGCGUAGCAUUUGGAAAAUAAUUUAUAGAAUUGUUUUAUUCCAAUUAUUUGUUUAAAUACCGGUCUUAAACGCAACGGAUCAGUAUAGCAGAACAAUUUGGGAAUAGUCAUACAUUUCUCAAGCUGAUAUAAGAGUGUUGUGUAACAAUCUAUUUAAAGCUGCUUUUACCGCUGGAGAAGUUCCUCGAAAUGGCUCAGGAGAAUGAAAUAAAUAGCAAAGAAAAGACGGUUUCAGGAGAUGCACCAUCAUCAUCUGCACCAGUGGAGUUGAAUGAUACUUCCGACGAUAAGGGUCAGUCUAAAGGAAAAGAUGACAAACCUAACAAUGAAAUGAAUAAAUCAUCGGAAUCAAUAGGAACAGUUAAAAAUGGCAACAAUAUUCCCCAAAACACUGAAAGUCUUCAAAAAGAGGUGAUUGAUGGUGAAGAGUCUUCUCAUUCGUCAGAGUCCAUUGAUUUAGAAACACUUCAUGAUGUUGGUAUAACAAUACAUAUACAGAGUCCAGGUGCUGAAAUGCUUUCUGUUCAAUUAUCUAGUAUGGAGUUGGUGCAAGAGAUACAUCAAUUGCUGAUGGAUCGGGAAGAUACUUGUCAUCGGACAUGCUUUUCUUUACAGUUGGAUGGUGUAACCUUAGAUAAUUUUGCGGAAUUGAAAACAAUAGAAGGUUUAAAACAUGGAUCGACUAUUAAAGUUAUCGAAGAACCUUACACUAUGCGUGAGGCCCGCAUUCAUGUGCGCCACGUUCGUGAUUUAUUAAAGAGUAUGGACCCUUCUGACGCCUACAAUGGGCUUGAAUGCAAUUCUUUGACUUUUUUACAUACCAUUACUCAAGGAGAUCUACUGGAAAAGAAAAAAUCACGAUCUGAUUCCGUUGAUUGUACGCCACCAGAUUAUGUAAUGCCCGGUGUUAAGGAGGCACCCCUUACUCCAUUGCAGCCUGGAUUGAAGAACUCAAAACCACCUCAAGCACUUAAAAUAUUGACCAGCUCUGCUUGGAAUCCUCCACCAGGGCCUCGCAAAUUGCAUGGUGACUUAAUGUACUUAUAUGUCGUAACAAUGGAGGAGAAACGCUUUCAUAUUUCUGCAUGCCCUAAAGGAUUUUAUAUAAACCAAUCUACAGACGAAGUUUUUAAUCCUAAACCAGACAAUCCAAGCCAUUUAAGUCAUUCGUUAAUAGAUCUUUUAUCGCAAAUUUCACCAACUUUCAAGCGUGCAUUUCAACAGAUGCAGAAGAAGCGUACACUGCGUCAUGCGUUCGAACGUGUCGCCACGCCUUAUCAAGUAUAUCAGUGGACUGCGCCACAGUUAGAGCAUACAAUUGAUGCAAUCCGUGCUGAAGAUGCAUUCUCUUCGAAAUUAGGGUAUGAGGAGCACAUCCCGGGACAAACGCGCGAUUGGAAUGAAGAGUUACAAACCACGCGUGAAUUACCUCGCAAAACGCUACCAGAACGUUUAUUACGAGAACGUGCUAUUUUCAAAGUGCAUGGGGACUUCGUGAUUGCAGCAACACGUGGGGCGAUGGCUGUUAUAGAUGGCAAUGUCUUGGCUAUAAAUCCUGGAGAAGACCCAAAAAUGCAGAUGUUUAUAUGGAAUAACAUCUUUUUCUCAUUGGGAUUCGAUGUACGGGAUCAUUAUAAGGACUUGGGUGGUGAUGUAGCCGCCUUUGUCGCUCCUCGCAAUGAUCUGCAUGGUGUGCGCGUUUAUAGUGCCGUAGACGUAGAAGGCCUUUAUACGUUGGGGACUGUGGUUAUAGACUAUCGUGGCUAUCGAGUAACAGCACAAUCGAUUAUCCCCGGUAUUUUAGAGAGAGAACAGGAACAAUCUGUUGUCUAUGGUUCCAUUGAUUUUGGCAAGACCGUUCUUAGUCAUCCUAAAUAUAUAGAACUAUUACGAAAAGCCGGAAAACACUUAAAGAUCAUGCCUCAUUCCGUGUUAAAUGAACGCGAUGAACCAGUAGAGUUGUGUUCCUCUGUCGAAUGUAAAGGCAUUAUCGGCAAUGAUGGCAGACACUAUGUUCUUGAUCUGCUCCGUACUUUUCCACCAGACGUUAAUUUUUUAAUUUUGGAUGAUAUUCAAAUCAGUCCUGAGCUAAAAGCUCUGGGAUUUCCUAUAGAACACAAGCAUAAAUUAUCUUGUUUACGGCAAGAGUUACUUGAGGCAUUUAUCGAAGAACGUUAUGUGACUUUUAUACGCAGCGCAGCGCAGCACUUGCAAAAUUUCAAUUCACAAAAAGCAGCUGUUGAAAACAAUAAUGAACUAAGUAGUGAAGAGAAUAAAGUGGAGCAACCAGCAAACGAAAAUCAGAAGGCAAUCAACGCGGGAAGCAGUACAAAUGAUAUUAUGGUACAUGCGCUAGAUGCCAUUAAAGAAGCUCAAUACAACGUGGCUACUACUGAUGAGACGCAAGCAGGAGAUGUUGUGAGACAUGCUUGUGCCGCCGUUGGUUCAUUGAAAGAACAAGAGUUUGAUUUUCGUUUUAAUCCAGAUGUGUUUUCACCAGGAUUACGCCAUGUUGAUAAUCCCAAUCGUUACAAUUCAAUUGCUAAACAAAAAAAGCUUAUCCAAGAUGCAGCCGAAUUUUUGGUUAACAAACAAAUACCGUCUUUCAUUAAAGAACACAUGAAUCAUACAUCACCGCCUAUGGAUGGUACAAGUUUAACGGAAGCAUUACACAGUCAUGGCAUUAACGUUAGAUAUCUUGGAAAAGUCAUAGAUAUGCUAGAGAAAAUACCGCGGAUGGAAUAUUUACAUAGAAUCGCCGUUGUUGAGCUAAUAGUACGGGCUACCAAACAUAUUUACUACACAUACAUGCAAGGCACAGAUGUUAUGCACUUAUCCAAUGCUAUAAGCCAUUUCCUGAAUUGUUUUCUCUCAUCGGGACCUGUAUCUGCUGCAAGCAACGCAAGUGACGCAAAUAAAUCAAACCGGCGUGGUAAAAGUAAAAAAUAUAACAAAAAUGUUAUUGGUAAUUCUCUUGUAAAUGGCUCUGGAAACAAAAAUGCUUCAAACACUGAAAAUAAUGAUUGGCUAUUAAUGUCUCAAAAGUCACUUUGGACACAAAUAAAGAAAGAAGCCAAGGCUUAUUGGGAUUAUGAUCUCAGAUGCGACUCAAUUGAAACGGCUAUUGAAGUAUAUGGGUUCCAUCGAGUAAGUGUUUUGCGGUCUUUCUGUCUGAAAGUUGGAAUUCAAGUUUUACUGCGAGAAUACAAUUUCGAUUUGCGAAAUAAACCAACCUUCAAUGAAGAGGAUAUACUCAAUGUAUUUCCAAUUGUUAAACAUAUAAGUCCUCGUGCGUCGGAUGCUUACAAUUUUUAUACCACUGGCCAGUCGAAAAUACAGCAGGGACUAUUCAAAGAAGGUUAUGAACUUAUUAGUGAGGCGCUUAACCUUUUAAAUAAUGUUUUCGGUGCCAUGCAUUCCGAGAAUGGCUCGUGUUUACGUAUGUUAGCUCGACUUAGCUAUUUAUUGGGCGAUCCACAGGAGGCUCUGGCCAUACAACAACGCUCUGUCAUUAUGAGUGAACGUGUCAACGGUAUCGACCACCCAUGCACCGUGUUGGAAUAUACACAUCUAUCGUUAUACUGUUUUGCUAAUGGACAAAUUGGUGCGUCCUUAAAACUGCUUUACCGUGCUCGAUAUUUGUUGGUUUUGAUAUGUGGUGAAGAUCACCCAGAAGUUGCCCUCAUAGAUAGUAAUAUUAGCCUUAUUUUGCAUGCUGUAGGAGAGUACGAGUUAUCGCUACGCUUUAUCGAACACGCGCUGCAGUUAAAUUUGAAGUACUUCGGUGACAAGUCCAUGCAUGUCGCCGUGAGCUACCACUUGGUUGCAAGAACUCAGUCAUGUAUGGGAGACUUCCGCUCAGCUCUAAAUAAUGAAAAGGAGACAUAUGCCAUUUACAAGUCUCAGCUGGGAGAGGCUCAUGAGAAAACUCGAGAAUCAGCGGAAUGCCUACGUUUGCUUACGCAGCAAGCGGUACUCUUACAACGUAAAAUGAACGAUAUAUAUUCGAAUGGAAAAUUAAGCACUGGACUACCGCCAAUUCACAUUCAGCCACCAACUAUGGGUUCGGUGUUGGAGAUGCUCAACACCAUAAAUGGCAUAUUGUUCGUUCAAAUCAGUCAAAAGGAUAUAGCUAAGGUGCGCACUGAAAUAGAAAAGCACUUGAAGAGUACGAGCAAUGGUAAUGACGCUGCUGAAACAGCUGAAAAAAAUGACAGUUCCGAUCAUGCAAAUUAUUUGACAGAUUCUCCUUCUAACACUGAAAAGACUGAGUUAUUGAUCAAUGGGCAUGAGAGUAGUGAAGAUAAAGGUUUGAAAAGUUGAGUUACCAGUAUUUGGGAUUAAAAUCAACCGUUCGAACAUAUAUAUGGAUUAGAAUAAAAGAAAACAGUCUAAUCUGUCCUUUAAAA